AUGUUUUAAUUUCAAUAAUAUUAAUUAUUUUUAUAAAAGUAUAUUAAUUAGACUUAUUAGCUUAUAUAAAUUUUAGUAUUAUAGAUCAAUUAAAUCUAACAAUACUUUAUAGGAUAUAAUAAUUAACAACUUGAUAUUUUUACUUUCGAUAUCAAAUUCAAAAAUUAUUCAUACUAAUUUCAGCUAAAACAAUCAAUUAACAUCUCUGUCAAUGCAAUUUCUUUAUAAGUUGCCUAUAGUAUUUAUCCUGAUAAGCUUAUAAUUGGUCUCAGUACUAAUGAUUCAAUCUAUUUGAUUUAGUACAACUAUGAUAAAAAUAGUAUCAUUAGUUCAAAUUAUACUUUUGUAUAAUAAUUCUCCGAUUUUAUAGUAACAUAUAAUAGUAUAAUAAUUCUAAUUUCAAUAUAAGAAAUUCAAAUAUUAACAUUUAAUUAUACAGUUACAUAUACUUUAAAUUAAUAGUCAAUAAAUAAAUUAUUUAAUAACAUUACAUUCAAUCCAAUAUAAAUAGUUGUGAAUACAUAAUCAGUAUCAUCUUUUGUAUAUAUCAACAAUAUAAAUGAAAUAAUAAUAAUAUCAAUAGAUUAAAAUAGUUAUCCAAUACCAAUAUCCUUGAUUUAAGUCAAUUUUACAAUAAAAUAGAUAAAUUUAGUAAACUAAUAAUUGAUAUUAUCAUAUAUAUGUAAUAAUCAAAACAAUAUUUGCUUCUAAGUUUGGAAUGUGUAAAAUUUACCAAAAUAUUAUUAUGUAAAGAAUCUAUAUAAUGUCAAUUUUGAUAAUAAUAUAAUAAUAUAAUCAGAUAACUUAUUCUUUUAUGUUACUUUUAGCAAUUAUACUGUUUAUGUUUAUAAUCCUUCAUUACCAUAUCAUAUGAGUUUAUAUUAUAAAUUAGAAUUAACAUCACCUAUUUAAUGUACUGAGUAAUUUUAUUUAAACAAUCCAUUAUCAGUAAUAAUUGCUAACAAUUAUUUAUAUACUCUUUCGGAAUUAUAAUAGUUUAAUCUAACUGUUUAAUAAUCCAAUUAUGUAUUUAACAAUUCAAUAAGUUAUCCUUAAUUAACCUAUAAUUAUACUGUAACUUCAGCAUUAAAUAACAAUACUUUUUAACAAACUCCUAAUUAAAGUAUUAUUUUUUAUUUAAACUUCACAUAAUUUUAGGAUUUAAGAAAUUUAUCAAUUGAACUAAGUAAAGAUAAUAUAAUCCCUUAUUCUAAAAAUUUUUCAUAUCCAAUGAAUUUAAUUCUUGAUAGAUAAGUCGGAUAUUGUUAUCUAAAUUAAUCCAUAACUUAAAAUAAAUAUUGUAGUUUAACUUAAUUUUUACAGUAUUAUUAUCCCAUUUCUAAUAUUCAGAAUUACUCAUUAAUUACUUCAAUAAAUAACGAAUAUUUUGCUCUACAGAGUAAUUCAUUCAUUUAAACUUUAAGUAGUGAUUUAAGAUAUCUAUUUUAUUUUAAUUAUACGAAUCUUACAUUUAGUUAAUGUUUACAAUCUACCUCAUAUAUUUACUAAUUAUAUUCAAUUUGUUAAAAUAGUACUUCAUAAUACUUACUUAACUUUACAUUAAAUUCUUCAGGAAAUAUUGUAAAUCUAAAUACAACUUAACUUCCUUAAACUUUUUCAAAUAUUUCCAAAAUGAGCAGCAUUUUAAACUAAAUUUUUAUCUUAGGUAAUUAGAAAGAAUAAUUAUAAUAAUUGUAUUGGUUUAAUUAAUCUAACAGGACCUUAUAAGUAAUAAUAAAUUAUUGUCAAGAUUUCUCUAUUGCAUAAAUACCUAAAGUUGAAGAUAAUUAAUAAGAAUCAAUAAUUAUUUUCUUUAUUUAUUAUUAGUAAUUAGAAUAUAAAAUUAUAUCAAUUGUUGAUGAUAUACACAUAUUUCAUCAAGCUGUUAUUCUUUAGAUAAAUAUUAUUGACUCAUCAUAUUAUCUUUAAUAGUAUUAUUAUUUUUAGAUUCUAAUUUUAUAAAUCUAUUCUAAAAAAGCAAUUGUACUUGUGAGUGAUAAAUAUUUAAGCUACAUCAUUUAUCUUAGAAUUCAAUCUUUAAGUUAAAAACUUUAGAUUGGCACAAUUUUUGGAACAAUUCCAAAUUAUGGUAAUUUAACUAUUGCUGCUAAUUCAUUUUAUUAGAAUGGAGUUUUGAUGUAACAAUUUAAUGAUCAAGGUUAAUUUAUCGUUGGAGUUUAUUAUUUAAAUAAUCUUUUUGAUCAAAAUUUAAUGGAACCCAUUUUGAUGUAAAGUUCAUUUAAUACUACAAACAGGAAUUAUGCAAUGAUUGUAAAUUAAUAAUAUCAAAUUGGAACAUCCCUUUAUAUUUCUAAAGAAUCGAUAUAAAAUUACCCAAUAAGUAAUUGGAAUUUAAAUUGUAUUUCUUUUACUAAUAAUUAAUCGAUGAACAUUCAAUUAUUCUGUUAGAACCAAUUUUCAAAUGGUAUUUAUGAUAUUACAUUUCAUCUUCCUCCAAAAUUUCAUUUUUAUUUCAGUUCAUCAGCAUAUGCUCUGUUUUCUAUAAUUAUUUUACUGAUAAUAUUUUUUUACAUCAGAUUUAUAUACAAGACAAGAAAUUUAGGGUAUAUUAAUGCAGAAAUUGAAUUAUGA